UUGGUCACAUUUGCGCGGCGGCUGAUGCACGAGCUGCUUUGCCGUUUGUCUUCACACGUCCGCGUGCCGGAGCCUCUUCAGACACACACGCUCACGGAAUUAUAACUCAGAGAUGCAGCAUCUCUCCACUCAGGAGACACUGAUUGGAACCAAAGUGUGCAAGUGAGCCGAGAAGAAAGGAAGCGCAGACGAGAUUGACACAGCUCCCUUUAAAAGCAGACAAUCUCCAUCUCCACACCUGGUGCUCUCAUCUACUUUAGCCAUUUAAUGGACAACUAAACAGCAAUAAUCUCGCAACACAAAUCUGCUGGACAAAACAACAAAAAAUCAGCACGUCACAGCAUCGGCCCGUCCCUGACUCGCCCUUGAUGCUCUAGUGUCCCAUGCUGAUUAAAGUGGACACAGAUGGACAAUCCAAAUACAAAUAAACACAAAACAGCUAAAGCUAACACUUCCUCUUCCCUAAUCUGCUUUAUCUCCUUCUCAGUGGCAUCAUGGUGUCCCAUGCCAAGACCAUCAUAUCAGUGGAGGACAGACAAGCAAGAAACUGAGACACUUGCAUCUAAAUAAGAGAUACUGUGACUGACAAAAAACAACAAAGAACAAAAAAACAACAAAUAUCCAUUGCGUGCAUGAUAUCCAUCAGGUAAUUAAAGUGGACAUAGAUGAAUAGCAAAACCCAACACACUGGACAACCAAUGAUAUAUCCCACUUCCUCCAUGAUUGAUUAACAUGAAUAAACAUGACCAAGUGGGUGCAGAUUCAUGUCGAAGCAUGAUUUUUCCCUAAUCAACUUUAUUUUUUCCAUGGUAUCCCCAUGUUGGUAAAAAAAUUAAUUAAUAAAUAAGAGCAAACAACAUAAUACUAAAUAAUGAUAAUAAUAAAACAUAAUGAACAAAAUAUUAACCCCAUUUACAUCUGUUGUCCCAAUGGUGAUCAAAUUCGUGGGACAAAAGAAAAACAAGAGAAAAUUAUGAGCAUGACUCAUCCCUAGCCUACUGUAUGUUCUCUGAGAUGUCCCUAUUAAUAAUAAUAAUUUAUAAUAAUUGCUUAGUUUUAUAUAACGCUUUUCUAGGCACUCAAAGUGCUUUUACAUUGUAUGGGGUGGAAAUCUCCUCAACCAUCACCAGUGUGUAGCAUCUACCUGGAUGAUGCAACGGCAGCCAUAGUGCGCCAGAACGCCCAGCACACACCAGCUACUGGUGGAGAGGAGAGGAGAGGAGAGAGUGAUGUAGCCGAAUCAGGGAUGGAGCUUAAUAACAAGAAAAAUAGCUGCCUCAUAGCAGUUACUCAUUCCUAACCUCCUUAUUUAUUUCCUCCAUGAUGUCCACAUGGUAACUGGAGCAGACAAAUUUGGAUGAAUGAACCAUUAAACAAAUGGCAACAAAACCAACACUUUGCUUUCUCGAAUUGACUUAUUUCUUGUCAUCCUCACUGUGAUUAAAGUGUACAGGAGCAGACAAGCAGGCAACAUAAAAAGAAAAAAAAAUUGCUCACAAAGCUAACUUGCCCCCGUUAGCUGAUUAGAGUGGAUGUGGAUGGACAAACAAGCAAACCACAAAAUAGCAAAACACCCCCAUCCCUGACUCCCCGUUAUGUCUUAGUGUUGUGAUUAAAUUGUUCGUGGACAAGGGACAAGAUGCGGUUGUGGACAACGUCCUGGCGCUGGGUGGCAUUGGUGCUGUUGGCUUGGGCGAUGCUGCUCUUCUUUAUGGGUGGCCACCUGGUGCGUGAGAGCCAACACACACAUGAAACGACACACACACGACGAGAGCUCGCCAACAUCCUCACCAAACUUGAGCGCCUCAAACAGCAGAACCAUGAGCUGCGGCGUAUGGCGCAGGCUCUAAGGAUUCCUGAAGGACAGUCUGUUAAACCUGUCUCUGCGGGUCGGCUGCGUCUUUUAGAGGAGCAGCUAAACAAAGCCAAGCAGGAGAUCCGCAACUAUCAGAGAGUGUUUGGAGAUGUAGGCCCGGGCCGUGUGCAAGAGGACUUCAGGAGGAAGGUGGACAGAGGUGUGAGGGAGUUUUGGUAUUUUCUGCGCAGCGAGGUGAAGAAGCUGAGCCACGUAGAUCCAGCUGCGCUGCAGAUGCACACAGAUACACUGCUGCAUGAUCUCGGCCACCAACAGAGAUCCAUCCUGACAGAUCUUCACUACUUGAGUCAAGCCGAUGGAGCUGGUGAUUGGAGGGAAAAGGAAGCGAAGGAUCUUUCCAGUCUGGUGCAGAACAGGAUCUCCUACCUGCAGAAUCCUCCAGACUGCAGUAAGGCGCGCAAGUUGGUGUGUAACAUUAAUAAGGGCUGUGGUUAUGGCUGCCAGCUGCACCAUGUGGUUUACUGCUUCAUGAUUGCGUAUGGCACUGAGCGCACACUCGUCCUCGAGUCCCACAACUGGCGCUACGCUCCUAAUGGGUGGGAGACGGUGUUCAGACCUCUGAGCAAUACCUGCACCGAGUGCACAGGAGCAUCGACCGGACACUGGACAGGGGAGGAUCAUGAUCGGGACGUGCAGGUGGUGGAGUUGCCCAUCGUGGACAGUCUUCACCCCCGACCCCCCUAUCUGCCUCUGGCCAUCCCUGAGGAUCUGGCCCCCCGACUUCAGAGACUGCAUGGAGACCCUUCCGUCUGGUGGGUGUCUCAGUUUGUCAAGUACCUGGUGCGUCCUCAAUCGUGGCUGGAGAAAGAGAUGCAGGAGGCUGGCAUCAAACUGGGUUUCAAACACCCCAUCAUUGGUGUGCAUGUGAGGCGCACAGAUAAAGUGGGCACGGAGGCAGCGUUUCACCCCAUAGAGGAGUACAUGCAGCAUGUGGAGGAACAGUUCCAGCUCAUGGCCCAGCGCAUGCAGCUGGACAAAAAGAGAGUGUAUUUGGCAACUGAUGACCCCUCACUGUUACAGGAGGCCAAGAGCAAAUACCCCGAUUAUGAGUUCAUCAGUGAUAAUUCUAUCUCGUGGUCGGCUGGACUGCAUAACCGCUACACAGAAAACUCUCUCAAGGGAGUCAUCUUGGACAUCCACUUCUUGUCCCAGACUGACUUCCUAGUCUGUACAUUCUCCUCACAGGUGUGCCGUGUGGCCUAUGAGAUCAUGCAGACUCUACACCCAGAUGCUUCAUCGUAUUUCUACUCUCUGGACGACAUCUACUAUUUCGGCGGGCAAAAUGCUCACAACCAGAUCGCCAUCUAUGCACAUCAGCCGCGCACUUCUGAGGACGUCGCCCUGGAGCCUGGAGAUGUUAUUGGCGUUGCCGGAAACCACUGGGAUGGUUAUUCCAAAGGACUGAAUCGCAGAUUGGGGCGCACUGGCCUCUAUCCAUCUUACAAAGUGAAGGAGAAAAUCGAGACCGUGAAAUACCCCACCUACCCCGAGGCAGACAAACUGCUCAACUCAGAAAAUAGAGGAAAAUAGACUGAAAGAGACAGUAAGAGACUUCUAAAACAGAGAGAGGCAUGAAGAGACUGAAACAGACUGAGACAGAUAGAGACAGAAAGAGACAGGGUGAGAAUAAUCCCAAAGUAUUUUUUCCUGUAUAAAGCUUAAUGAUAAAGGAGCGAUAAUAAGACAUAGUCCACAAAGAGAUACAUGCUGUCAAUGUGUGUGUAUGUGUGUGAGUAAAAUGAGAUGAUGUCAAGAGACAAAGAGAUAGAUAGACAAAGAAAUAAUAGAUGGAAAGAAACAAUGACAGAAAGAGAUUCAUGGAAAGAGACAAAAAAGAGGCAUGUGAAAUGAGACAGGGACAAAAAACAGACAGAAAACGAAAGUGGCAGAAAAAGAGACAUAGAAAGAGGUGGAAAGGGAUCGAGACAAAGACAGAUAAAAGAGAGAAUGGUGGGAAAACAUGUCAUAAAAGAAACAAAGUGAGAGGUAAAGAAAAAGGCAGAAGGAUGGACAAAGACAACAAUACGCACAGAGACCGAAAGAAAUUGGCAUAAGAGAGAGACAUCAGAGACAAACAUGGAAAUAGAGAAAGAGGUGAAAAGAAACGAGGAAAAAAUGAAGAGAGUCAGAAAGAGAGAUUUGGAACGUAUGUGCUGACAUGGAAAGAGAAAAAUGACAGCGAAAAUAAUCAACUUUUGGACUCUGUAUCAGGAGAGACAACUGAAACAUUCAGAAGAAUGGACACACACUGAGGACACUGCUCUAUGUAUGUUUAUGUGUAUUUUUUACUCAGUGAGAAAAGAUGGAGAAGAAAAUCACGAUGUAAAAUAUCCCAACUAACCUGAGGCAAACAAGCUACAGAUUACAGAAACAACAACCUGUACAGAGUCUGCUGAGACAGGAGGGAUAAUGAGACAUAAUCCACAAAGACAGACCGAGGACACGUGCUUGUGUUUUGACUUAGCGCAGCCUCCUGAGCGGCUCUGAUAUAGAUGGAGGCAGAGCAUCUCUGUGUUUGACUGCAGGCUAUGUGGACUCGGCAACAGCUGAGCACAAUUUACAAACCCACAACUCUGCCUCGCUUUAUAGUUUUAUUGUUAUUUAAUUGUCCCAGGGUGGUUUUAAGUCAUUUAUAAUCUUGUCUUUUAAUCUCUCUUGCCUGUUUGAUCACUGUUCACUAAGAAACUAGGGGAAAUACGGUAAAGUAGGGAGAUAGAAAGACAUAACAAGGAUAACGAUUAGGGUGCUUCUUAUUUCUUUAAUUGCGCUUUAGUUCUUCCCUCUGUGUGGAAACGUGAGGAAAGUUUGCAAGGAAAGAAAACAACAACAGAGGAAUGGAUGCGAAUCAUUGUGCCAUGUUAGGUCAAAUAUACAUCACUAUAAAUCCACAUCAAUUAUUGAAGACUUGUUGUCCAGCAUGUUUUAACCUAUACAAUAUUUUCUCUGUUGUCAUCACUGACUUGGCAUGUAAAUUCAAGCCCAUUUGUUGACUCUGUAGCCAUUGUUUCUUCAUUAAUAUUAUUAAUUUAGUGUUUUUUGUUCUUAUUAUUUGUUUGAACCUACACUGAAAAAAUGUUUAUUGAAUUUAGUUAAUUCGUUAACACAGAUUGUUUGCAUAUAUCCAACACGAUGUGAGCAUGCAUUUUUAAAACCCUGUAAUAAAGCCAAACUCCAUGGAUUCACCCAAGCUCAGGAUCAAACCAGGGACCCUAGCAUUGUGAGGCAGUAACAUUAUUUGUUGCACUAUUGUGCCACACGUGAGUUAAUUAAGUUAAUUUAACACUAUAGUCAUUUCUUCCUGUCAGCUCCAACAUCCUCAUGAGACUUUAAAUCAUAAUUGGAUCACAUUAAUACUAUGUCAGUUGAUCACACACACUCUACAUAUUUCUAGCUAGUAGAUUAUAUACUGUUUGUAUUUAAAUUCAAUUUAGUAUAAACAAUGAAAACAUGUUUUAUGUAAACUAUACAUAAUGUUUUCUCUAAACACAUAUUUCCUUUUUUCAGUGUAGGUGGUUUGUGAAAAUGAUAAAUGUACACCAUAGGUUUAUGUCAUACAUGGCUUCUACAUAAGUACCUUUCUCCUCACUCUGGAAGCCUCUGUUUGCGUUUAAUGAAUUGAUCAUUACUAGUUCAGAGUAUUCAGCCUUCUUGGAGAUAGUGGAGCAGGUGAUGAAGAAUGUACAUCGUACUGACUUCAUAGUGCUUUGGGGGAACUUAAGUGCUUGUUUGUUUCAUCAGACUUUGAGGCCAUAUGUUUUAAUCACUCAGUUAAAGAGACGUUGGUGACGAAUUGGAUUCAUCACACAAGGCGCCAGCCAGAUUUCUGGAGAACCUUUCGGGUUGCUUGGGACCUUCAAUGAGAGACAAAUUCUCAUGUUCAAAAGGACUUCUCCCUUCUACCGAUUGAGGUUAGGGGCAUUAAGUCACAAUGGAUAAUAUUCACGUUCUCGAUCAUCAAGGCAACUGCAAGACGCUGUGGUCUCCUGAUUCAACUGAGAGUUUUAGAGAGCCAGAAGGGCUGCUGCAAAGGCAGUAAGAGAAGUGGAAGAUCGGCCAUGGAAUUUGGAGAGGCCACUAAUAGAUGUUAUUUUGACCCAAAAAAUUAUCUGGCAAACUGUUCUGUUAGGAGGAGUAGAAGAAGGAGGAGGAGAAGAAGAGGAGACCAUUCACCAGCUCUGCUAAGCAAGUGCAUGUAAGUGGAUAUUGUUGAGCAAUGAAUGAAGAUCUAGGGCAGUGCCCUUGGAAUGGCAAACUGGGAUGGGGGUCCCUAUUUCUUUUAAGGGGACCAGAGGAUGUAUUCUAUGAACAGAAUUACACUCCUCAGUCUCCCAGCAAAGUCUAUACCAGGGCUGUGGAGAGGAGUCUGUCAGAUAGUUUAAUCUAGGAUUUAGGGGGAACAACACUGGUUACCCCAGGCCAUAGAACAAAGAUUCAGCUUUUUAUUCUUGGGCAACUAUGUGAGGGGGUCAUACAAAUAUGGUAAUCCAGUCUACAUGCAUUUUGUGGAUUUGGAGAUGGUGUAUGAUUUUGUGCCUCAACAUUUGUGGUGGGAGGUAUUGCAGAAGGAUGGAGUAUCUGGAUCACUACUUCAUGCAAUCCAAUCUAUGUAUGUACACAGUGAGCAUUGUGUCCAUGUUCUAAGCGUUAAGUUAAAAAUGUUUAAUGUGGGUGUCAGACUAAAUCAAGGGGCUGUUUUCUCUUUUAAGUGUCGUUCACAUGGGCAUUAUAUCAAGACACAAGAGGUGCCGAUUAUGGUAGGCUACAGGUAUGUCUGAGACUAUGGUUGUCUCCUGGAAGAGUGGGAUGCUCCGUUCAGAUAAGAGGGCAGACUUUAUACCUGGUCGAGAUUUGGGGAUCUAAUUCCUGAGAUAUGGAUAAUAGAGCACAUGAGAUGGCUCAGAUAAGAGGCAUCAAUGUUACAGUUAUUGUAAUAGUUUGUGGUGAAGAAACAGUAGCUCAGUUGGAGUCAGUCUAUGUCCCUAUUCUCACCUGUGGUCACAAGCUGUGGGGAGUGGCUAAAGGAAUGUGAGGACAACUGGUGGAAAAGCUUGGAAAACCUCAGAGUAGAGCCACUGCUCCUUCAAAUUGAGAGGAGCCAUUAGUGGUGGUGUUGCACCUUACAAGGAUGUCCCCUGGUCAGCUUCCUCUAGAGCUGUAUGAGGCAUGUCCUAUUGGGUGGAGACUCCUGGGUAAACCAAGGACCUACGGGAGUUAUUGUAUUACUCAGUUGGCUUGGGAAAAUCUUGGGAGCUCCCAGAAGGAGGUGUAGUCAGUGACUUGGGAUUGAGAAGUCUGGGCUGACCACCUCAAUCUAUUGCCAGUUCUUAGGGCACAGGCUAAAGAAUCUAGGUUUCAGAAGGCAAUGAGGCGUCAAUUAAUGCAUUGGGAAGCACUCUAAGAAAACUAGGGGAAUGAGGAGAACGUAGGGGACUUUAAAAUGAAAAGAAAAGGGAGAUGUGCAACCUAGGAACAGGAAUCAAGGAGAAUUAAAGACUAAAAAACAAGUAAAAGCUAGGCAAAGUAGAAACAAGUCAACUAAACAAGAAGUACUAAGGAAUUAGCAACUAGGGAAACAAGGGGACUCUGGUAACAAGGAUAAUCAUGACACUAGAACUGGGGAAAAAGGAGAACUGGGGGCCUAAAAAAUAGGUAAACAAGGAAACUUAAUCACUGAUUCUGCUUUCUAACAUGCUCCACUUUCUCGGGAGAGCAACUUAUUCCUCACUCAUCAUUUGCAUUUUUAUUUUUUUCACCACCUUGGAAUUCUGUGAACUAUUAAAAAUGUUUAUGAUGGGAAAACCGUAGAUGUGUUAUAUUAGACAGCCAUCAAAGUGUGGAUUAAAAAGACAAGAUAAAAAUAUGAUAAAACUACUCAAACACCAGCAGAAAUGACUGAGAACUGUCCAGUUAUGCGUGGACUAAUAUUCUCAAAAGCAUGCUUGAGUUAUGUUCCACUAUCCCUCUCCGUCUACUACACCACUUAAACAAAAUGGAACAAAUGGGGAGAAUCAGGAUUGUUUAAACAUACCUACUCACCUUCUUAUAGAUUUAUCACUGUUUAUCACAUUGCUCAGUAGGUUUCCUUCUCUCUCUUUUUUUUUUUUUUUUUUUUUUUUGUAAAAUUAUCCAGACAGGUUGAGACCUUUCAAGCAGAUACUCAGAAUAAAAAAGAAAAAUAUGUGUACUUUGUAUGUGUACUAAUUCAAAUUAGCAAAACCAAUACGACUACAUAUACCAGGACUAGGCACUAGGAACAAUUAGGAAACUAAGAAUCUAGGAAAACAAGGAGAACUAGUAAACUAGAAAUAGGAGAUAGAGAGUGCUCAGGAACAAAAAAAAACAAACAAACAAAAAAAACAGGUAACCAUAGUAAUAGAGAACUAGAAAUGGGAAACAAGGUGAACUGUGAAACAAGAAAUCUGAAAUCUGAAAAGUGCUACUGGAAAACAAUAAUGCACAAAUAGCAAAACAAAGCAAGCAUGAUGAUGCAAAAAAAAAAAAGAGCAAAAAUAUUAAUGAAAACCAGUAAGUAGGAAACAGGAAGUGAACAAGAGGCGUUUGACACACCAAUCAACAUAUUAGUGUUUAAAAACAUAUGGAUUUUGUCUUAAAGUACCCAUGUGCCCCUUUGAAAGCACGUAUGUGUUUUUAUUCAUUUAUCUUUCUACUUGAAGUAUCUCUUCAGUAUUUAAAUCUGAGAUUUGUAUUUAUUUUAUAAUGAAGAAUAUUCUAAACCAUCAGAGAAUGUUUUCAAAGGAGAAGAUGUUGUCCUAUUUUAUGUUCCAAAGUAUUGUGUUUGAUACACCACAGAUCAAUUAAAGGGGUUGUAAGGCAUUUGCUGUGUUUGUUGCGUCCUCACAUUGAUUGCUUCGGCUGCUGUUUAAAGAUGCUCUCCCUUUACAAAACAUUUCUAUGAUUCAUCUGAUAAUGGCAGUAAAAUAGGUUUUCUCUGCUUCUCGACAUGGUUCACAGGCUAUGAUGUCACUAGGAGAAAUGUUUUUUUAUUACAAUAUCCCCCCCUGACAACAAUUCACAUUCAAUUCAGUCAGCUCUGACUUGCACGAACUCACUGACAUAGCAGUUCAAUGAACUGAAGUUCCACAAACGUGUGCAGUACAGUUUGUAUAAACGCCCUAAAUAACUAGAUGGCACUCUGAAUAAAACAAGUUUUCACACUGUUACUAUGACCUAUAACAUUCAUAUAGAAGAACUAUUGGCUUAGUUAAUUGCUGUGUUAAUUGGCCUUCCAUCCCUAGCGGCUAGCAUAAUGAAUUAAAGCUGUCCUUUUGGCCCUCUAUAUCUCCCUUUAUUUAUUUCUGCAGAGGCUACAUAGACCGAACAGAAUAGCAAGAAAGUGCAAUACUGAUGAGAGGGCACAGAGCCAGAAAUGCAGAUAGUAAGAUUUUAGCUGAUGCUUUUGGUCAAGGCAGUUACUUGCUUAUGAGCGCUGUUCUUAGACCUCAACUAAGGGCAGCCAUUGGUGCAUGUGACCAUGUGGAAGCUGACUCUAAUUCAGUAUUAUUAGGAACUCGAGUAUCCCUAAAGGAACAAUCAGUGGAGUUACUUUCAUAAGGAUUGCCUGAGUAGCUUUAGUUCUCAAGUUAUAGAAGUGUCAUAACCUUUAAAGCCAGGUGAGAAAUGAUAUUUUGUGGUACAAGGAAUGUGGUCAAGUAGAGGCUGACUCUUAAUUCUGUAUUAUUAUUAAGUUCCAGGAAGGACCAGACCUAAUCUCAACACCCACCCGAAAGCACUGCUGUGACCAAGUAGCUCCAAUCUUUACAGAUAUUUUCAGUUCUUGGACCUCUGCUCUGUUCUCAUCUGCUUCAAAUCCACCAAUGGCACUCCCAGUCCCCAAAAUAACAAGAGCCUAAAUGACUUCAGGUUAAUUACACUGACCUCUGUAGUCAUGAAAGUCUUCAAAUGCCUCAUCUUAGUUUUAUCUGAAGUAUACAACUGACCACAUACUGGACCCUCUGCAGCUAGUGUAUAAAGCCAGCAGUCAUUCUGAGCCUGCAUUUCAUGCUACAGCAUCUACAGUCCAGGAACCUAUGUUAGGAUUCUGUUAGUGGACUUCUGCUCAUCUUUUAACACCAUUGACCAAGAGCUGCUGCAAGUCAAGUAUCCUGAAUGUAUCAAAUCCCAUUUAUCACAAAUCAUAGAUUUCCUGACAGAAGGAAGACCGCAGGUUUGAAGGACUGGGAAGGAACUGUUUAAAGCUGUUUAUUUUUGCCCCUUGUCUUCAGGCUUUAUACCAAUCACUGCCCAUCAGUAAAUAUCAUGAAGUUCAGAUAUGACACCACCAGAGUCUGCCUCUUAAUAAUCCCGUAAAGAGUGUUGAACUGGCUGCAGACUUUAGUAACAGCUUUAACUGAUUGGAUUAUAUUAAUGCCUUGCUGUUUGGAUACUCCAGCAUGCAAGAAUAUGCUUCUGUCAGUCCCAAAUGCAGCAGCCAGAAGGUUGGACCAUAUUAUACCUAUUUUAUUACACCUACAGUAUUUUAUCACACUACAUUGGUUCCCAGUAAAGUUUUGCAUUGAUUAUAAAAUACUAUAAUCCCAAUAAUAAGUAGUACUAAAAUACUGAUGACUAAUAAAGCACUAUGGUCUCGCCUAACAGUACCUGAGUAAACAUUUGGACUAUUAUGAUUAGCUGUGCCUGCUUUGAUAAAAAUGGUGCGGGUUCUUUAUUAGUACCUAGAAUAAUGCGAACUACAGCAGGGGGCAGAGCUUAUUCCUGCAAAUCCACUGAGCUAUGGAAUAGCCUUUCUGUUAUUUUUUGGGACUCACUUCUUUUACCCACCAUAGCUACCUGAAUAAGCCUGAUGCCCAACUUCAUCUCUCUUCUUCUUUCUUCAUCUGAAGCUUUGUACACUUGUGACUUUACAUUUUAUUGUUACAUUUGAUUUAUUUGAUGGGGCACAGUGGCUUAGUAGUUAGCACAUCCGGGGUUGGUCUGCUCUGUGUGCAUUGGGUUUGCAUGUUCUCCCCAUGCCUUGCAGGCUUCCACUGGGUACUCAGAUUUUCCUCCCCCAGUCCAAAGACAUGCGUUGUAGGCUGAUUGGCAUCUCUAAAUUGUCUGUAGUGUAUGAAUGGGUGUGUGUGAUUGUGCCCUGCGAUGGGUUGGCACCCCAUCCCAGGUGUCCCCCAACUUGUGCCUGAGUCCCCUGGGAUAGGCUCCAGGCUCCCCGCGACCCAUUGUAGGAUAAGUGUCACGGAUAAUGGAUGGAUGGAUUUUAUUUAUUUGGCUGAUGCUUUUAACAAAAGCAAAUGGAUCCAGAGUACAACUGAACAUUUGAGGUUAAAGACAAUAGUGGCUUGGCAAUGCUGGAAAUUCAGCUCAUGACCUUCCGCAUAUUAGCCAAAUUACCUAACCCACUGACACUAGGAUAACCUAAACUAUUGCACUUCCCAAAAACAAUUUAUGCCUAAGACUCACCUGCCUGCUUUAAUGAAUAAUACCACAUGGAUACUUCAUACAUGCACUUUUUAAGAAUCAUAAAUACUAUCCUAUGGUCAUCUAACUUCUAUUACCAAGAUGACCACACCAAAUAUUUCAUAUCCUUUUAACACAUUUAGCACAUUUAGUGUGAUUUGCCUUUUCUCUAUAUGAAUGUACGCGUGUGUCAAUCAGAGGGGAAUGAAUGGGUUCAAUUUUGGAAUUUGGUUUCUCUUAGGUUUUGGGGGGGUUUUUUGUUUGUUUUUUUACAUUGUUGCCUCUGGCUUGCUUAUUAGGGAUUUAAAUUUGCAUCCUCAUUUCUGUAAAGUUGCUUUGUGAUAAAUGCUAAAUGUCUAAUGUUAAAAGUGAUACAAAUAAAAUUUGAUUGAACUGAA